GCAAUGCACUCCUCGUCUCCCACAGGGAGAGUCACCUCAAUAUUCGACGGAAAAGGAGACGGGAUUCGAUUGCUUGCUGAUUUUCCUCGUGACCCGAAUGAAGAUUGAGUGAACUCCAAGGGAGUUGGGUGGGGUUAUGUCUCUUCAUCGGAUGUGCUCCACCCAACAGAUUCUGCUCCACCCCGGGGCCUGCAGCAUCUUCGGCAUUCUCGGUUCAGAUUUGGUGCCCUCGACCUCGUACAAGACAUAUUCUGCAGAGACGCGUAGUCGUGCAGCGGUUCUUCAUACUAAAGGAGCCUUCAGGAUCGCACCACCCAGAAGUGCUGCUCCCAUUCCCCCUAAAUCGUUCACGAAGCUCCAGUGCCAUUCCGUGUCCAGAAAAAUGGGUAACAAAGUGCCCAGACUCUCCGACGAGCAGCUGGAGGAUUUGCAGGACUGCACGUUUUUCACUCGGAAGGAGAUCCUGACGAUCCAGCACAAGUUCGUUGAACUCGAUCCCCAAAACCUGCCUCGGGUAAUGACGAAUGACGAAGGCCGUACCGCCGAAUGUCCGGUGGACCGUAUAGAGAAGAUGCCAGAGUUCAAGGAGAACCCGUUCCGUCGGAGGAUAGCGGAAGUAUUCUCCGAGUCGGGCAGUGGCAACAUGUGUUUCGAAGAUUUCCUCGAUAUGCUCAGCGUGUUCAGUGAAGCUGCGCCAAAGCAUAUCAAAAUGCACUAUGCCUUCAAAAUUUACGACUACGACAGCGACGGCAAGCUCGGCCCGAAGGACAUCGAGCUCGCUACUGUUGCCCUGACCAAGGGGGAACUAAGCAUGGAAGAUGUCAAGGUCGUCGUUGAAAAGGUUCUCGACGAGGGCGACAUCGACAGCGACGGCCACUUGUCUCUGAAAGAAUUCGAGCACGUCCUCAGCAGAGCUCCUGAUUUUGUGAACUCCUUCCACGUACGCGCGUGAUUCCAAACGUGUGGUGAAUCGCACGCGGACAUUCUAACCCGCGCUUUGCUUCCUGUUCUCUUGUAUACCCCUUGCUCGUUCCACUCUUGCGCGCCCGAGUGGGAGAGCGAUA